GAAGUGGAGGGCUUGCGCCAACGGGGAGGGAGGGGGGGGACGUGUGAGAGAGGACGACCGCAAUAGCGUGGCGUUUCCUGCGCUGAUAACGCCGUCGACCCGCUCGCACGCCGCCCGUAUACGAUGGUCUCAAAGUGCACUCCGGAUACCCUCGCUGCCCCUGGCCGACGUUCUACGCUAUCGUCGCGCCUCUAUUAAAGGACGACGGCUCCUAACGCUGCGUGCGCAUCUUCCUCUGGCAACGUGGCUCCGUUGGGUCAGCGCGAGGCGGUCAGAACACCUGUGUAGCUGCGGCCGGCGCUCGUCGACGGAGGCUUGUGACAACGCCGACCUUCAAAAGCACUGCGGUCUCUCCCGCAAGGUAGGCCGUCGCAAUACACAGCGGGGACUACAAAGCGAGCUCUCUCUCCGCAUCGGUCUUGCUCGAAGAAGGAACUCGCUAAACGCUCUCUCGCUCGAAACGCAUUGUUCUCACAAGAGCGAGCGGCGAAACCCCCUCGGAGAAGGUACACACGCGACACCUGCGACGGCUGUCAGUUCUUUACCUACGCAGAUCGGCAGAGGCAUACGAGUGCGAAGUUGCUGCGCUGCAGGAAGGAAAGAAUGGAGUGCUACGAAGACCCCGAGAAUCCGGGCCAGGUCUAUGUGCGUCUCCUGCGUCAGGACCUGCUGGAGGAACUGGUGACGUCCAAGAAGCGCGGAAGGUUGGUCGUACUCCUGGUCGACAAGGAGUUCCUCGUGUACCGACCGACCAACGGCGUCAAGAUGACCUCUCCGCCUAACGUCGAACUCCUGGUCAAGGACAUCUGCAAGGUACUCGGCCGGGACCGCUGGAAUGCGGCGUCCAAGAACCACGGCACGAAGGACACGUCGGUGCACAUCUUCACGGACAUGGACCUCUACGAACUGUCCGAUUUGCUGGCCAAGGAACUGGACGUCAGGGUGUUCUGUCACUUGUUUCAUCGUAUAAGGUGACUCGUCGGAUUUGCCUGCCCCCCUCCAGUACGUUUUGUUGCGACCAGUGUCGUAUGUAGUCGUCCUUGCGAUGUGACCCAAAGAUGACUCGGCACCAGACAGCUUACUAACGCUGCCGUUCGAACAGUCGGAAGCAGCACACAGUGCUACAACUGUAUAUUUGCGACUGUGUCACGCAGUUGUUGCAACGUUGAGAGAAAAUUCAAUUUGUUCCUGACAUCUGCUUUACUGAAUGUUCUCCCGGGCAGCUGCGUACACUUGAUGAUUUUGUCGGCUUCACAGCGGCGAGUUAUCGGUCAGUGUGUCAAGGGCGGUAUCCAUGUGUUCAGUUCAGGGGAUCUUUUUCUUUUUCUAUCGCCUUACUGGAUAACUCGAUUGUAUAUGUGCGUGCGUGCUUAUGGUUCAUGUGCGAAACGGAACGUGACGCCGCGUUGAUCAUGCCGAAAGAUCGUGAUUUUGAGGGUGUCGGUGCGUGAAAAGAACCUUCGGAGGGGUGUAGAAGCGUCGGCGCCUGGCUGGGCGCACCUAGCACCAAGAUGCGUGCAGUCGUGUGUGGAAAUGUGCGCCGUGUCAACACGUGUAAAAAUUUUUACAGCGACCUUCCCAACCUGUCCGGCAAGGCUUUGUAAUAGCCACCACGCGUGCGGUUUACUUGUACCUUUUUUUUUCUUUUCGCGCUUUGCUUGCUAUUUUCUUUUUCUUUCCUUCCUUUUCUUUGCUUUUCUUUUUCUUUCUUGUUUUCCUUUCUUUUUCUUUCUUUUUUCAGCGUUGGUAUUCAGGGCUUCCGCAUUUUCUCACACGGUAGGCUGAUUGCCGAAUCUUUGCGGAAGGUAUUGACCUGCACCGGGAUUACAAUUUUUCAAUCAUGACUACGAUUUAAGUGCAGGCGAGGACUGCCCCUGUUCGAAAUUUUCGUUGGUUAUAUUUUGCAGCCAGUUUUAAGUUUCCCGAUACCAUUCAAAUGGGAUCAACAUGUUACAAGAGUCCAGCCUAAAAUUUUCCAAACUUUGCAUAUAGAUGUAUUUGUUACGAUGAUUACGGAGCAAUAGAGCGAGAGUGCCAAAAGAAAAUGAAUACAUUAAGAGGAUACCUCGGAGCUGCUCGUUUUUUUGUUUUAUUUUCUUACCGAAACAAAUGUUUUUUUUUUAAUUUUUCGGUGCUUACGAGCAAAUAGGAGGUUCAUUCGCAAAGAGAAGCAGUAGGAACAAAGCUUCUUCCAAUCCGACCUGCAAUCAAAAUACUUCCUAAUUAAUUAUUUGAGCGAAGACAACUCAAUUAAUUAUUCCUCUUUUAUAGCACGCGGCGACUUUCGCGUGCCUUUUAUAAUGAGAUCUAAAUAUUAGCCCUUGCAAUUCUGGAUUCUUGCACUGAAUUCCGGCUAUGAGACAUCUUAGCCACUAUAUAAAAAAAAAAAUCAAACCCUCGGUGCUUAAUAAUAUGUCGCGCUUUCAUGCAGAUUUGUUUUUUACGACUUUGAGGACGUUUUACUUGCUGCCUUCGCCAUGGUUUCGUGUUUCCAAUGGUUGCGUGUCUCGCACUUUUUUCAACGGAUAUUGUGCUUCGCGCGCUCUUGCCCUGGCUAGAUUGCGAGCCGAGAGCUACAAGAAGCGUGAUUUUCUUUCAGUGAACUGAGCACAAAGUGUCACUUUAUAAUUAAUUCACAAGUUCACAAUGUGUCUAUAAUGCCCGCAUACGCACACAGAAAAACACAACGGUGCGUUUUUAUUUAUUUAUUUUUUUCCAAGCACUUGCCUUACUACGGAUUUUGUACAAAGAAAAUAAAUGCGCAUUUACGCCAUCUUGAAUUCGC